CUCCACUCUCCAUCAUCUCAGCUCCCUCCUAUCAUCAUCCCCGAUCUCUCUCCCUCUCUCAUCAUCAAUCCCCACUUUCUCGCCUCCGAGAAUCGUUCCUUUCCCGCUCAUCCACCACGCCAGUCCUCUUUCCCCCAAAUACCUCCUCAUCUCAUACAUCACCCAUACAAACAUAGAACCGUGCCUCAGGAGCACGAGAGGACUGCUCGCUUUAUUUCAGGAGAAACCGAUCGCAUCAACCCACUUGCUCCUCCAACGGUCUACAUCCACUUCGACAACCCAACGCCCGUACCGACCCUGACCUCGAUCAUCUAUCCAUCAUGGCUAUGCGUGGUUUGACCGUCUUCAUCGCGGACAUUCGCAACUGCCGUGUCCGCGAGCUUGAGGAAAAGAGAAUCAACAAAGAGAUGGCCAACAUUCGCACCAAGUUCAAAGAGGGCAAUCUGAGUGGUUACGACAAGAAGAAAUACGUGUGCAAGCUGUUGUACAUGUACAUCCUCGGAUGGGAUAUCGACUUUGGACACAUGGAGGCCGUCAAUCUCAUCUCCAGUCCAAAGUACAGCGAAAAGCAAAUUGGAUAUCUUGGGAUAACACUGCUUAUGCACGAGAACAGUGACCUUGUACGCCUGGUCGUCAAUUCGAUCCGCAAGGACCUGGACGACAACAAUGAAAUCCACAACUGCCUUGCUCUGCAUGCCAUCGCCAACAUCGGAGGCAGGGAAAUGGCCGAGUCUUUGGCGGGCGAUGUGCAUCGUCUUCUAGUCUCGCCGAACUCGAAGAGCUUCGUCAAGAAGAAGGCAGCCCUGACCAUGCUCCGUCUCUUCCGGAAACAUCCCGACGUCAUUCCGGCACCAGACUGGGCCGAGCGUAUUACCAACAUCAUCGAUGACUAUGACCUGGGAGUGUGUCUGUCCGUCACCAGUCUGAUCACAGCUCUUGCCCAGCAAUACCCAGAGGCCUUCAUGAUGGCCAUUCCAAAGGCGAUCAUGCGACUUCACAAGGUGAUUGUCGAAAGAGACUUUUCAGCCGACUAUGUUUACUACAAAAUCCCCAUCCCAUGGCUCCAAGUGAAGCUCCUCCGACUUUUGCAAUACUUUCCUCCCACAGAGGACGCCAACAUGUCUGAAAUGCUCCACAAUGUACUCCAGACGAUCAUUAACAACUCACAGGAGACACCAAGGAAUGUUCAGCACAACAACGCGCAGAACGCUAUUUUGUUUGAGGCCAUCAACUUGGCUAUUCAUCUGGACUGCGAAUCCGACAUUGUGCGCCAGGCUACCAACAUUCUUGCCAGAUUCAUUCUUUCCAAGGAGACCAACGUGCGCUAUCUGGGUCUGGAAACCAUGGCGCAUUUGGCUGCUGUGACGGACGAGCUGGACGAAAUUAAGAAGCACGAGGAGACCAUCAUUUUAUCGUUGCGGGACAAGGAUAUCAGUGUUCGUCGUCGCGGCCUGGAUUUACUGUACAGUAUGUGUGAUGUCUCCAACGCAAAGACGAUUGUCUCGGAGUUGAUCCGGUAUCUUCAUAUCGCCGACUACGCCCUUCGAGAGGAGAUGGUACUUAAGAUUGCUAUCAUGACGGAGAAGUACGCAACGGAGCAUUCAUGGUACGUGGACGUGAUCUUGCAGCUCAUCAGCUCUGCAGGAGACCACGUUAGCGAGGAGGUCUGGUACAGAGUCGUACAGAUUGUCACCAACCAUGAGAAUCUCCAGGAAUACGCCGCCAAGAUGGUCCUGCACUACAUGCGAUCGCCACAUUGCCACGAGAACAUGCUCAAGGUUGGAGGGUACAUCCUCGGAGAGUACGGACAUUUGAUCGCCAACCUCCCAGGAGCCUCGCCCAUUGAGCAGUUCAACACCCUCCAUGCCCGAUUUGGACUCUGUUCGCUUGCUACGCGAGCAUUGUUGCUCUCAACCUACAUCAAAUUUGUCAACUUGUUCCCAGAGAUCAAGGGAGCCAUCCUGGCUGUCUUUAACCAGUACCGCCAUGUUCUGGAUGCAGAGCUGCAGCAGCGCGCAUGCGAAUACAUGGCCAUUGCGACUAUGCCAACGGACGACCUGCUCCAGACUGUGUGCGAGGAGAUGCCUCAGUUCCCUGAGCGCGAGUCCGCCCUACUCUCAAGGUUGAACGAGAAGACAAACCAGACAGAAGACAAGAGAACUUGGAACAUUGGUGGCAAGGACUCGAAUGAGAAAACUCCUGCAAAUCUGUUGGCUGCAAAGGAGAGGAACGAAAAUGGAAGUGUGGACGACUUGGUGGCGGGUAUUAACAGUGCUAACGUCAGUACUCCCGGCGGUGCAGCCGAAGAUGGCGCUAACGGAUCCAAUGGGUCUGCUUUGCAGCCAGCUACGCCAGCCGCGCCAGCAGCGAAGUCUGGAUUGGCUUGGAAGGAUCAGCUGGCGCCAGGAUACGAGGUCUGGUACAAUCGUCUGCGGGAUGGCGCCGAUGGUGUGCUCUAUGAAGAUAGCAUCUUACAGAUCGGAAUCAAAUCAGAGUACCACGGACAUCUGGGUCGUCUCGCCAUGUACUUCGGCAACAAGACGCACUCACAGCUCAACUCGUUUGCUAUCUCUCUGGAGUCGCCCGAGGGCCUUAUCAUUACCAGUUCUCAUACGUUGGGAACAUCUAUCGGACCAUCUACUCAGAUUCAGCAGCUUUACACUUUGGAGUGCCAGCAGAUUUUAACAGAGAUGCCCCUGAUCCGUAUCUCAUACCAGGCAGGAUCGAUCCAGAGUAUUUAUCUCAAGCUCCCUGUGACGCUCACGCGGUUCAUUGAGCCGAUCCAGCUCUCGAGCGCAGACUUUUUCGCCCGCUGGAAGCAGAUUGGCGGGCCCCCACGCGAAGUGCAGGGAAUCUUCAAGUCAUCCGAGAGGAUCAAUCUGGAGAAGGCGCGCUCGGUUUUGGCGAAUAGCAGACUUGGAAUUUGCGAGAACGUGGAUCCCAAGCCUGGUAAUUUUGUGGCCACGGGUGUCUUGAACACCUCGCUCAAUGGUAAGGUCGGAUGUCUGCUUCGUCUCGAGCCCAAUCGUGAGACCGAUAUGUAUCGCUUAACAGUCAGGACGACAUCAGAUGUGGUCUCGAAGCACUUGAAGGAUAUUCUGCAGUCUGCUCUGCUCUAAUACCACUACCGCGUCUGAGCCUUUCGUGCGGGGAAAAAAGAAAAAGAAGGGAAAAAAAAAUAAUCAAAGUCAAUAAAGAUAAAGAGACAAACCG